AUGGGUAAAGCCAAGAAGACGAGAAAGUAUGCCGAGGUGAAGCGGAUGAUCAACCCCAAGGACCUCAAGCCCGACAAGACGCCCGCGGCGCUGUUCUUCCGCUACAACACGCAGCUGGGGCCUCCCUACCAGGUCCUCAUCGACACCAACUUCAUCAACUUCUCCAUCCGCAACAAGAUAGACCUGGUCAAGGGCAUGAUGGACUGCCUGUAUGCCGAGUGCACCCCCUGCAUCACCGAGUGCGUGAUGGCGGAGCUGGAGAAGCUGGGGCAGAAGUACCGGGUGGCGCUGAAGAUCGCAAAGGACCCGCGCGUGGAGCGGCUGCCCUGCACGCACAAGGGUACAUACGCGGACGACUGCAUCUGCGAGCGCGUGAAGCAGCACCGCUGCUACAUCGUCGCCACGUGCGACCGGGACCUGCGCCGCCGCAUACGCAAGAUCCCCGGCGUCCCCAUCAUGUACAUCCAGAGCCACAAGUACUCGAUUGAGCGGCUGCCAGAGGCGACCAUGGGUGGCGCACCGCGUGUGUGA